AUGGCCAACUGCCACGAAGAAGCCCAGGCUCAGCCUGUUGAAGGAAUUUCUUCAAAAGAUGAGCUGUCUCAACUGAGGCCAUUUGAGACUAGUCAGCCCCUAGCAGAGUCAUCAAUGGGCCUGUUUGCCGCCCGGCCUCCCAUUGCAGCAAUCAGGGCGACCGAGAGGGAGGAGGCGCGCAGGCAAGGCGAGACCGGGGAGGACAAACUCGCGGGCCGGGCUCCGGAAUCAGCAUGGGGACGGGAAGUGCGGGGCGAGUUCGCACCACAGGUAAACAGGCUGGCGAGGCGCAGGGCGCUGCCGCCGCCGCGGCCACCCAGCGAUUUCCAGGCACGCAACUCCGCCUCCAGGGCUCUCUCCCUCGCGCUCUCGCCCAGCCGCUCGCUCGCAGCCUCAGCAGCCGCCGCAGCAUCACUUCACACAAAGGACUGUUACCCGCUGAGCAGCUCCUCCACCUCCUCGUCGUCCUCCUGUGACAGCAGCCCCGACAGCAGGGCUCGGGCGCGGCGGCGGCGGCGGCGGCGCCGGGAGGACCUGUCACUCCCAGCAACCGAGGCGGCAGGGGCGUGGGGAGGCGAGCGCGAGCCGCCAGCCGCCGGCCCGGGAGCGCUGGGACCGCCCGCCCGGGACUCGCCGCCCACCGCAAACGGGACCUUGCCCUCCUGGCCCAGCGGCCCGGCGCCCAGCGCGGGCGAGCCGGGAGACGAGGCGCCCUAUCUGGUGAAGGUGCACCAGGUGUGGGCGGUGAAAGCCGGGGGCUUGAAGAAGGACUCGCUGCUCACCGUACGCCUGGGGGCCUGGGGCCACCCCGCUUUCCCCUCCUGCGGGAGGCUCAAGGAGGACAGCAGAUACAUCUUCUUCAUGGAGCCCGAUGCCAACAGCAGCAGCCGCGCGCCGACCGCCUUCCGAGCCUCUUUCCCCCCUCUCGAGACGGGCCGGAACCUCAAGAAGGAGGUCAGCCGGGUGCUGUGCAAGCGGUGCGGAGACUCCAAGUCAGCAGUUGCUGAAUUUCAUGCCUCCCGCUGCGUAACGUAUGAACAUCGCACAGACGGGCCUUCAGUAGGAUUGCUUCUUGACACACUGAGCUUCUCCACUUCACUUCCGUUCAUUUCUUUCUGGACACAGGAUGGAUGGUUCUAUUCUGUCACUGCCACCUUCUACCAGGACAAGCCAUUUACUUUCCUGAAAGACUGUCUACAGCCAGAGAGUAGAAAGAGAGCAUGGUCACUUUGUUUUUAAGUAGAGAUUCCCAGGGGAUGAAAUCUCAUCUCCUGAGCCUUGAUUGAUUAUAGGAAAAGGAGAAGGAAUGUGAUGACUAGGGUCCAGGACCCAUUUCCUAAUCCAAUUCCUACUGUCCCCCUGGUCAACCUCA